CACGCUCCACUUUCUCCACCAACGAUGCCCCCAAAAUGUGACGGCUCUGAACCCUUGCAGUGGUUAGGAAAGGUAUGUGCGUAUUUUGAGUUUUAUGAGAUCCCUUUAGUUGAUCGUUUGAACCAUGUGACAUCAAUGUUAGAGGGCUCUGCCUUGGCUUGGUUUAAUCGGCGUAUGCGUGGUGGCUUAAUUGAUGAUUGGACGGAUUUUGUUGAAAAGUUCAAGAUUCGAUUUGCUUUGCUACAUGAUUUGAAUUAUAUUUAUUUUGAAAAGACACCAAAGAAGGUUAUAGACAAAUUUGGUCACAGGGUGGAAGACACCACCACACUACCCACCCCAACUAUGGAGGAUGCACUUGGAGCAACGAAAUUCUGCACUGGACCACGUGGUGAGGAUGAGGUGAGCAGUGUAUUUGAAGCCAUGAAUGAAGAUAACGGGAAGCCCAACACUGUGGAAGUAAUUGAUGAUGAUCGUGGGCAUGCAGAUGUUACUAAGAACUACAACCCAGAUCCUAUUUUUCAGGAUAUCGAUACCUCGCUUGAUGUGGUCAUGGCAGAGUAUAAAGUUUCAAGAUAUAGAAAGAGUAUGGAGGGCGGAGGAGAGGCCGCGACGCGGAGGAGGCGGCGGUGUUGCUCGAAGGGAGAUUUCCUCCCCGAGGAAUCGUUCAGGAGCUGGGGCAAUUACGUCAAUGCGCUCAAGCAGACGCCUUCCAGGUUCGCCGAGCGGGUGCUCAGCAGGUCCGACGACGGGACGGAGCUGGCCGCCAGGUCCCGGAGCAACCACGAGAUGAGGAAGAGUCUGUCCUGGUGGGACCUGAUGUGGUUCGGGAUGGGAGCCGUCAUCGGCGCCGGAAUAUUCGUGCUCACCGGACUUGAGGCUCGGGAGGACGCCGGCCCCGCCGUCGUCCUCUCCUACGCCGUCUCUGGCCUCUCUGCUCUGCUCUCCGUCUUCUGCUACACUGAGUUCGCCGUCGAGAUCCCUGUCGCCGGUGGUUCAUUUGCAUACCUGAGGGUAGAACUUGGUGACUUUGUGGCCUUCAUAGCCGCCGGGAACAUCCUUCUCGAGUACGUCAUCGGCGGAGCAGCGGUGGCGCGUUCGUGGACGUCCUACUUGGCCAGUCUCUGCAACAAGGAUCCCAACUCUUUCCUCAUAAAGGCUCAUGGCUUAGCACAAGGCUACAACAAGCUUGACCCCAUUGCUGUAGGGGUGUGCAUUGUCAUUUGUAUGGUUGCCACUCUCAGCACCAAGGGUUCGUCCCGCCUCAACUACGUCGCGUCCAUCGUCCACAUUCUCGUGAUCCUAUUCAUCAUCGCGUGCGGGCUCGUCAAAUCCGACCCGAAGAACUACAAGCCCUUCGCGCCGUUCGGCCCGCGCGGGGUCUUCAAGGCCUCGGCCGUUCUGUUCUUCGCGUACGUCGGUUUUGACGCGGUCUCGACGAUGGCCGAGGAAACGAAGAACCCGGCGAGGGACGUGCCGAUAGGGCUGGUGGGGUCCAUGGUGGUGACGACCGCGGUUUACUGUCUGCUCGCGAUCACGUUGUGUAUGAUGCAGAAGUACGACGCCAUCGACGUGAAUGCCCCAUUCUCCAUUGCUUUCAAGAGUGUGGGGUGGUCAUGGGCUCAGUACAUUGUUGCCUUUGGAGCUCUCAAAGGGAUGACAUCCGUGUUGCUGGUCGGUGCGGUCGGGCAAGCGCGUUACCUGACCCACAUUGCCAGAACUCACAUGAUGCCGCCUUGGUUUUCGCACGUGGACCCCAGGACCGGGACGCCGGUUAACGCGACCGCGACUAUGAUGGUGGCCACCGCGGUUAUCGCCUUCUUCACGAAACUCGACAUUCUGGCGAACCUUCUCUCCAUUUCGACCCUCUUCAUCUUCAUGCUCGUGGCGCUCGCACUUCUCGUGCGCCGCUACUACGCGAGCGGGGCGACCGCGCCCCGGGACCGCAACACGUUCAUCGCCCUCGUCUCGGUCGUCCUCGCGUCGUCGGUCGCCACGUCAGCGUACUGGGGCUUGAGCGAGGACGGGUGGGUCGGGUACUGCGUGACGGUCCCGUUGUGGUUCUCGGCAACCGCGGGCAUUUACUUCUUCGUCCCCCAAGCCCGCGGUCCGAAGCUAUGGGGGGUCCCGUUGGUCCCGUGGCUUCCCUCGACGUCCAUCGCCAUCAACAUCUUCCUCCUCGGCUCAAUCGAUCGACAGUCCUACGAGAGGUUUGCGAUUUGGACAGCUUUUCUUCUGGUUUACUAUGCCUUUUUUGGCCUUCAUGCAUCAUAUGACAAUGCAAAGGAGUUGGAAAGAAACCAAGAACGUGGGAAAAUUGAAGAUGGGACUGUGCCAACUUCAGCCAUAGUUGCUCAGAGUGCUGCUUCUAAGAAUUAGCUACGCAUUGUAGUAUUAAGCACAACUCUUAGUUUCAAUAGCAAUUUAGAGUUUGGGGAUUGAUAUGAUAUAGAAUUUGAAAGUUUGAAAGAAUAAUGUGAGUUGAAAAGAUUGUGUUUGGAGAUAAUUUGAAAUCAUGAUUUUUUUAGUUAUAAACGAGCUGAGAAUGA